CACAAGCAGCUGCGGUGGAGCAAGGUCGGAGGCUGCGGGGCUGCAUUGAAAACCCGUCGGGGGACCCGCAUGAUCACAAAUUUUCGAACUUCGCGGCCCGUCCCAUCUCUGGAAUACGGUACCAUCGCUCGUAUCCGUUUGAGACAUUCGCAAUGGCAAAGCUGACCCCAGCCGAGUACGACGCACUUUCCCCAGAGGAACGAAAGGCACACGAUGAAGCUGAGAGCGAGAGGGAAAGAGAAGAGCAAGCUAAGCUUCCGUUUACGUGGAAGCAAAGCUUACAGGACGUUACCCUCAACAUCCCCGUCCCUCCCGGAACGAAGGCACGCGACCUCGUAGUGGAGAUCAAGAAAACGAAGCUUAAAGUCGGCCUGAAAGGCAAAGAACCAAUCAUGGAUGGCACUCUGUGUAAAGAAAUCAAGCAGGAAGAAUCUACCUGGACAUUGGACGACAAUAAAGAAAUCAAUCUUCACCUGGAGAAAAUCAAUCAAAUGUCAUGGUGGGAGAACGUUCUGACGCAUCAUCCGAAGAUUGACACGACCAAGAUCACACCUGAGAACAGUAAACUGAGCGAAUUGGAUGGGGAGACACGGGCGAUGGUCGAGAAAAUGAUGUUCGAUAACCAGCAGAAACAAAUGGGCAAGCCGACAUCUGACGAGCAGAAAAAGCUCGAGAUGCUGGAAAAGUUCAAAGCCGCGCAUCCAGAGAUGGACUUUUCGAAUGCGAAGAUUGGCUGAUCUCGAACACUUUCCAACCGGAGAAACUUACAUCUUGUGAUUUUUUGGGAAUCAGAUGAUACUUUGCAACAACUAUUGUAACUCAACAGAGCUAGCAAUAGUAAUAGAAAAAACAAUGCUGAAGUAGGCAAGACCGUAAGAGUAUCUCAGAAAAAUGAUCUGAAAGGGAAGGUCAAAAUAUUCAAAGGAUGAAAUUGGUGUAUGAAUCAAGUCCUUCAAGUUCCAGUAAAAACGAUGCAAGCCGAAGUGGUUUCACACUUUGUUAUAUCCAAGUGUGAUUAGUGUGUAACAGAUGUGGGUGGCUUUUGAAACCUAUCCAAAACUGGCAAUGCAGAGUGGUGCACAGUGA